GGGUGUGCGGGCGCUGCUGAUCGCCGCGGUGCCUCCUGCAGGGAUCCCUCCUUUGGUGUUGCCUGAUCAGUGAGUUCUUGACAUGCACUCUGGCAGUGGCUACACAGAACUGACAGAUUUAUCUGGAGGAGGGAAGAUGACAUCCUUGGGUGCACUACAGAAGGAAAUGGGUAAACUGACCUUGGAUACACCACAGAAAGAAAUACAUGAACUGCCCUUGGAUACAUCACAGAAGACAAUCAUUAACCCGAUCAUUCCAUAUGUUGGGACCAUACACGGUGGCCUUGUUCCUGGAGAGCUGAUUGUGAUACAUGGGACUGUUCCUGAUGAUGCAGAUAGGUUCCAGGUGGAUUUACAGUGUGGCAGCAGCAUAAAGCCUCGAGCUGAUGUGGCAUUCCACUUCAACCCCCGCUUCAAAAGGUCUGGCUGCAUUGUUUGCAACACAUUGGAGAGGGAGAAGUGGGGCUGGGAGGAGAUCACUUAUGAGAUGCCUUUUGAAAAAGGAAAGUCAUUUGAGAUUGUCAUCAUGAUUUUAAAGGACAAAUUCCAGGUGACUGUAAAUAAAAAACACUUGCUGCUCUACAACCACAGAAUUAGCCUUGAAAAAAUAGAUACUCUUGGAAUAUAUGGCAGAGUGCAGAUCAAAAGCAUAGAGUUUAUUUCUAAGUCUUUACAAGGCUCUCAGCCAUCAUCUCUAGGAGUAACAAAGAUAAGCACAGAAAAUGGGGAGAUGCCAAAUGGUUUACAAUUGGAUGUUCCCUAUUUUGGGAAACUUGAUACUGCAGUUCGUCCAGGAUGCACAAUUGCCAUUAAAGGAGAAGUGAGUAAAAACCCUAAGAGCUUUGCAAUAAAUCUGAGACCAAGUGACUCAAAGGACAUUGCUUUACAUCUGAAUCCUCGAAUGAAAAGUAAAGUUUUUGUAAGAAACUCCUACCUUCAUGACAGCUGGGGCGAAGAAGAAAAGGAAGUUGCUAACUUCCCUUUCGUUCCAGGGAUGUACUUUGAGCUGAUUAUUUUCUGUGAUGCCUACCAGUUUAAAGUUGCUGUUAAUGGUGUUCACACUCUGCAGUACAAGCAUCGUUUUAAACAACUUGAGAAGAUCAACAUUGUGGAAGUCACAGGAGAUGUUCACUUGUUGGAUGUGAAGAGCUGGUAGUUCUUUUCAAUCACUACUAAAAGAAUUUAACCUCUUCUAAUGACAGUGCCUCCUUGUCAAGUACAAACAGGUGCUGACUCAUGCUGAGCCUGCCUUUAAUCUAUCUAGGCUUUUGCAUUUGCCUCUCUGAGUUAGGCAAGUACCAGAAAUGCUAACUGCAGAUUUAAUCCUUCUCUAGUUUACAGUUUCCUGGCAAGCUAAGUUAGUGUUUGCUCAGAUAAAUCUCCUGUAUAACUGAACCUAGCAAUAUGAAAAUGCUGCAUCAUACUUUAACAAUAAUUACCAUUUGGCAUUCCUUGACACCAUACAUUCAAUAUUGUGAAGUAGAAAUGAGACUGAAA